AUGAUUGCCAACACUGCUGUCCUCUUUGGCCUCCUCGGCGCUGCCGCCGCCGGCACCAUCCCCAACGCUGGCGUCAGCCGCAUUGUCCGCGACGUCGCUACCGAGGCCGUGGGCGAGAUCUCGGCCGCGUCCUUUUCUUGCGGCUCCCUCGCUUCUGGUCUGAGCAAGGCGGACUGCGACCACAUGUCCAACAUUGGCAUGGCCGGCCAGGGCGUCAACUCCAAGAGCAGCAGCGGCAAGAUCUGGAUCGGCACUGACGGCGCCAACCAGUUCAUCUUCAAGAACACCGGCGCUGGCCCGCCCUUGACUGUGAUUGUGUGGGACUUCCCCGCCGGCGACUACGAGGCGUCCUUCAUGAACGUCAGGAAGCCCAAGAUUGCGUACUCUCUGCCCAAUGUUGGCGACAGCGUGACCGUCUCCGUCGGCAACGGCGUCUCGGGUGCCUUCUCCUUCCUCGCCAACCACAAGACCGUCCUGUCACAGUACGGCCAGAUCUACAACACCUGGGGCGAGUUCACCACGGGCGACUACGCCACCGUCGACGUCUCCCGCCUCGUCAACACCCGCGGCAACCCGAUCAACAUCAAGGUCCAGAAGAACGGCUGCGUCAGCAACAUGGACAAGUGCGUCUUCCAGUGCAAGAACUCGGCCCUCACCUUCUGCGGCGAGUCCGGGUCCUACAACCUCGUCAACUGCGAGAAUGGCUCCCAGUCCGGCGCCAGCAAGGGCACUUGGGACGGCAUCAACCCCGAGGGCGGUUGCCAGGGCUGGUCCAACGGUGGCAAGCUCGAGAUCGGCCUCGUCGCAUAA